GGAAAGAUAGCCAAGCCCAGCAGCUUGUGGCCGGUCUUCGGCACCCCCAACAAGGACAGAGUUCCACCCACGGAGCCUCGCUGAUUGGGUACCAUGGAGACGCUUCCGACAACCAACCUGUCGUCAUCGCGCCGCUGUUUGACACGUGUCCGACGCUGGAGAAGGGACCUCUUCGACAGUCUAUUGAGGAUCUGGCCGCCUCUCUGAAGUUUCCCCUUACAAAGCGGAGUCCAGGAAAUAUAUUGUAGCUAUAAGUUUAAUAUUUAUAUAUGUAUAAGAUACUGUCUAAGUACUGGUAGGGUUAUUGUAAUAGUAUCCACUCUUUUUUAUUGUCGCCCCCUAAUGGAGUUUCCUCCUAAGAACGGAGGAACGAAGAAAUAACCCAGCCCACCCAGCCUAUAGAAAUCGGAGUAAGCAGAGCCUUCUUUUGUUUUCCUUUCAAUCUACGAAACAUCUGUUGUGGAAUGCUGAGGCCGGCUGUGCAGUGGAUCGUGGCUGUGCUUCUGAUUCUGCUGGGGCGAGGCUGCGCAAUCAAGUUCACACUGCUGCACACGAACGACAUGCACUCCUGGUUCGAUCCGCAGUCGGAGAUCGGUGGAAAGUGCCUGGCUGGAGACGAUGAGGAGGGACACUGCUUCGGGGGUUUUGGUCGCGUGGCCACUGCCGUCUCAGAGGCCAGAAAGGGAGGCACGGUGAUCUACUUGAAUGGCGGAGACACGUUCCAGGGCACGCCCUGGUACACGGUCUACAAGGGGAAAAUGGUGGCCCAGCUGAUGAACAUGCUGGCCCCCGAUGCCAUGGCGCUGGGUAACCACGAGUUCGAUGAUGGCGUCGAGGGUCUCGUCUCCUUUCUGGAGCUGGUCAAGUUUCCUGUGGUGGCCUGCAAUCUGGAUCUGCAGCGGGUGCCCAAGCUACAGGCGUCAAAGCAGCUGGUUAGAUCCACAAUCAUCACCAAGCAGUUUACGAAGAUCGGGGUUGUGGGCUAUAUACGGCCCGACACCAAGGACCGUGUCCAGCCCAAUGAUGUGGUGUUCGGCGACGAGAUACCCGCCAUUAACGCGGAGACAACGAAGCUACUGGAUCAAGGGGCUACCAUCAUCAUUGCUCUGGGCCACGCCGGAUUCGAAAGGGACAAGGAGAUAGCCAGGGACUGUCCGGAUGUGGACAUCGUCGUGGGCGGCCAAUCGCACACGUUCCUCUACACGGGCAAGCCCCCGGGCAAGGAGCUGCCCGAGGAACCCUAUCCCACCAUCGUCUUCAAGCCGGAUGGCAUCAAGGUGCUGGUGCUGCAGGCAUAUGCCUUCACCAAAUAUCUGGGCUGGAUCGAUCUGGAGUUCGACAACGGCGGCAACAUGUUGAGCUUCAGGGGCAAUCCCAUGCUUCUCGACAAUUCGGUCCAUCCCCGGCGCGAUGUCCAGGAGCUGUUGGACAGAAAGCGGAAGGUAAUCGACGACAUGGAACGGCACGUGGUAGGCACUACCAUGGUGUACCUGAACGGGGAUCGGGCCAGCUGCAGCUUGGGCGAGUGCAACUUUGGCAACUUCAUCGCGGACAGCCUGGUCUAUGCCCGAGUGCUGGAGCAGACGGGUCCGAGGAAAUCCUGGACAGACGCAGCCAUAGGGUUGAUUAAUUCCGGAGGAAUCCGUGCCUCGAUUAAUCCGGGCCCGACGGGGGCCAUCACGGAGGCGGACGUGAUGACCGUGCUGCCGUUCGACAGCGACCUGUACUACACCCGCAUCAGUGGCAAUCACCUAAUGAAGGCCCUGGAGCACUCUGCCGAUCAGCGAGACACGGAGUCGGGCGCGGGCUAUCUACAGGUGUCCGGACUGCAUCUCAAGUUCAACUACAACCGCACCAAGGGGCAGCGCAUCUCGUCGAUACGCGCCCGGUGCACCAACUGCCAGAUACCCUUCUACGAGGCGGUCGACAGGGAAAAGUACUACGGUGUGAUUGUGUCCUCCUUCCUCCUGUCUGGCGGCGACGGGCACAACUUUGUGGAUCCCGAUCGUCCGGAGUUCGCAAAGCUGCUAAUGAACGAUCGCGAGGCUCUGAUCAGAUACCUCCAGGAGCACAAGAUCGUCUAUCCGGAGCGCGAGGAGCGCAUCAUCAGUCUGGAGAGGAAAGCGUCCUGCUCCAGCAGGAUUCUGGCGAGGCUUUCACUCCUUUCCAUACUCUUAUAUGCUCACGUAUAAGAUACCCUACCCCACAAUCUGCUUCUAUGUCUUCUAUUUCUUCUGCUGCUCACAUUAUCAUUAGCAUUCGCCU